GUGGAGGCAAUGUCGGCGGGAGAAUCAAUAUUUAGGGUUCUCCGGCAUUCGCCAUUUUCACUGAGAAAUUUCUCCUAGAACGUGCGGCAUACGAAUAAACGAGGCAUCGAAAGAACAAUCUGUCGUUUCACGUGAAAAAUUUGCAACUUUAAUACAGCACAAUUAUUAUGUAGUGAAGUCAGUGCGUUUUGGACGUUUUUUUUCGCUUUUGUAAUAAGUUUAAUUUUCUCGCUUCGUUCGCAGUGCUGACGUUUACAUUAGUUUACGUUUAAAGUCUACAAAUAGAUACUCGAAUAUAUUCUUAAAUACGUUUGUGGCGACAAGAGAUCCAGUGUCGAAUAAUCGCGUUGAAGAAAUACUCAACUUUAAAGAAGAAUAUUACACUUUUGAUAACUCCUUCAUAACAAACAAAAUCGCAAUUUCAUUUCAAUUUAUACAACAGUCCGAUCAACUGUGUUUCUGUCUCAGCUCAUCGACUGCGAUUAAAUAGACCUAAAUUCAAGAGAACGACGAUUACUACAAAUUCCUCGAAAAACCAAAAAGGCACCAACAAAUCAAAAUUGAUUGACAAGGACAAAUGAAUUUAAUUACAUAAAUGAAUGUGCACAAUCUCAUAGACCCAAAUGAAAAGCAGGUCAGUUUCACAGUUAAUACAUUGAGUACCUAUGUAACGACGUAUAAUCAAAGGCUUUAGUGACGUCAUACAUACCAUAUACAGUGUGCCAGCUGAUCGAUACUAAAAGGUGACACUACGUCAAGGUCAAUCUUGAAUUUUAACCAAAGAGAAAGAAUCAUCAUCGCUCGAGAGAAGAUCAAAUAAGAAACUAAGAAAGAAUUUUCUAUGCGGCAAGAAUCACAAACCGGCUUAAAGCUGAGGCCCCCGGGUGAUCAUCAUCACGGCGGGGUCAUGAUCGAACAAGACAUGGCCGGCGCUCAGGACACGAUUUAUUUGUGCAACUUCCGCGUGUCCGUCGAUGGCGAGUGGCUCUGUCUCAAGGAACUUCAAGAUGUCGAGUUCUCGAUGCAGGACUCGAUGCAACGUUCGCCAUCGCCGCCAUUAGCCCUCAGUGGUAUACAACAACAUCCCGAUCCAGUGCUUUGCGAUACACUUCCGCCAAGCCCACCGCCAUUGCAACACAUCUCCAGCUUAUCACGAGAUCCUGUCAUAAUCGAGAGGAGCAACCUUGUCAACAUUUCCAAGUUAAUUGUUAAGGAGUUAAUUGAGACUUCGUUAAAGUAUGGAAGGAUGCUCGAUAGCGAUCACAUGCCUCUACAACAUUUCUUCAUUGUCCUCGAGCACGUGCUCAGGCAUGGUCUGCGACCGAAAAAGGGUCUGCUUGGUCCAAAAAAGGAACUCUGGGAUAUUCUUCAGCUAGUGGAGAAAUAUUGUUCUGAAGCACAAGACAUAACCUCCAGUAUUCGAGAUCUGCCGACUGUUAGGACUGCCAUGGGCAGGGCGCGUGCUUGGUUGAGGAUGGCCUUGAUGCAAAAGAAAUUGGCAGAUUACCUGAAGGUCCUGAUUGAUCACAAGGAUGAUAUUUUAUCUGAAUAUUUUGAACCGGACGCAUUGAUGAUGAGCGACGAAGCCAUUGUUGUCAUGGGUCUUCUUGUGGGUCUAAACGUUAUCGAUUGUAAUUUUUGUGUAAAGGAGGAGGAUCUGGAUUGUCAACAGGGUGUGAUAGACUUCUCGUUAUAUUUGAGAAACAGCAAUCACAUUCCCGGGGAAUCCCCGGAUGACGAGUUGGAAAAUGACAACAUGACGACUGUGCUGGACCAGAAGAAUUAUAUCGAGGAGCUCAAUCGUCACUUGAAUGCAACCGUUACCAAUCUGCAGACCAAAGUGGAAUCUCUUACAACUACCAAUGCACUUAUGAAAGAGGAUCUUGCCAUUGCGAAAAACAAUAUUUUGUCUCUGCACGAGGAGAAUAGACAGCUGAAAAAGGAUCUUGGUAUCGAGGUCAAGGAUACCAACGAGAAUGGAAAAACGCCAAUUAAGAUAACGGAAACGACGUCGGAAAUCGAGGAGCUCAGGAGUCGAUUGGAAAGUGAGAAGAAACAGCGUCACGAUGCCGAGAAAGAAUUGAAGCUGCAGAUCAGCAUGAAGUCAGAGAUGGAGGUGGCUAUGAAGUUGCUGGAGAAGGAUAUCCAUGAGAAACAGGACACAAUAAUAUCCCUAAGAAGACAACUGGACGACAUCAAAUUGAUCAAUCUGGAGAUGUACAAGAAAUUGCAGGAGUGCGAGCACGAGCUGACGCAGAAGGGGGAGAUGGUGAGCCGGCUUCAUGCCAAGACCAAUCAAAUCGGAAAGAUACUGAACAACCUCGAGAAAUACAACCACCUGAUGAAAGAUGGCGACAGCAUUCGCAGUCCCACUACGCCCAGUGGUGGCAAUAAGUGCAUUGCUAGAUAUAGUCCCUCAUCGCCAAAGGGUCCUCCAGCAGUGGGAGUCAUUCCUGCAUUGACCUUUCGACCCGACUGCAUUGAGCAGAAAAAAGAUCAAAAGUCAGCGGAGAAAAAUCCCGAUACGAAGUCUGAUGAAAAGUUAGAUAAGCCGGUCGAUGAUAAAUCUUCUCCCGAAACGAUCAAAGAUUAAACUCCUAAUUUGGAUCCUUUUAUACCGUGUACCAACUUAUCCAUUUAAUUACGAGUGUACGUACAGAGUAGUUUUCAAUAAUACCGGAAGUUACGUCUUGUGGAAGAAUUAAAUAUUGAUUUUUUUAUAUUGGACGUGACUUCCUGUAAUAUUUGAUAUUCACAAUACGUAUUUACUCAAUGCUCGUGGUUGUCCUGACUGAACGGAUCUUCUACGAUUCUUUCUGUCUCUGAGUUAUCACGUCGGAGUACACGAAUAACUAUCUUGGCUAUUGUCGCACCAGCUGGAUUUUUAUGGUACUCGAAUGAAACGGUAUAUUGGUUGAGAUAGCUUUGGAUGAUCUGCGAACAUUUUAUAUUCGCAAAUCGAACUUUUCGAUAAAUUAUUCUCGCUACAGUAUUUGGAUACGUGGGUAUUAAUGCCAAAUCAGUACUACGAAGCCAAAUUGGAAUCACGAUUCUAUUGUCAAUAAGCUCGAUUGGUUGCUCUCUUUCGUUUUUACUGUUUUUAUAAAUUUUAUCCCUAUUUAAGUAUUAUAAUCUACUGGAGUGACGGUGACGUGAUUAAAAAACCAAAUCAAUAUACCGAUUGCACGGUAGUUGCAUAAAUGACAAUAAUAUCACAUAAAUAUAAAAUUAGAGUGGGAAACCAGAGUCUUAUGAAUUUUACAAUAAUUUAUCUUGCAUCGCAUCCAAAAAUAUAUUCUCCAAUAUUCACGUCACUCGAUAUCAGAGUAUCCAAAUUGCCUUCGAUAUGUCUUGUUAUCGUUUGAAGUUAUGAAUUUUCGUUUUUGUACUGAAAAAAAGAUUGAUUUCAGGAGUGUGAGGGCUCGCUUAAGCAUAAAACAGAACUGAUCACAAAGCUGGAGGCUAAGACGUUAUCCAUGACUGACACCAUCCUGAAAAUGGAUGAGAAGUAUGUUUAUUUAUUUUUUAUUAGAUGUUAAUUAAACACACAUAUGGAUCAUAAGCCGCUGCUGCGGUUGCUUGGAGAUUAACGAAUGGGUAUAAAUGUCGCUUUCGGCACGCGGGCUUGCAAUUAGCCUGUAGUGUGCUAAGCAAUUACGAAAAGUGAUUUAUAGUCGUUUGAUCGACAGAGAAAAAGAUGAUAUUUCUAUAAUAACGUCUGUUACAUUUUUACGUAAUGCAACAUCGGAUUUUCGCGACUAUCAAGCAAUUACACGUAAUCAUUUUUAUUUUCAUUUUUUUUUUCAACCGAUACAUCUAUCGCGUAUAAUUUCGUUUUAUUCACAACUUGGAUGCAGUUGGGUUAGAAUCUAAUGACUGUCAAAGGUGCUGACGACUGUAUUGGAUUUUUUGGGCGUUGGACCAAAAGUACCAAUUUUUGCAAAUGCACCGUUACGUAAAUAUUGUUCGUGUCGAUUUACCUAAUAAUUGCACACAGAUUUCUAGGCGGUUGUGACGUUUGAGCCGUAUCUCAAUGUGGCGCAAUAAUAAUCUUAAUUAGCACUUGAAAUAAAUAUUUAUGACGUCAGCUAAGAAAGUGUCCAAGUACAUAAAUGUUGUAGCCUUGCGAAAUUGAGACACGGCUUUGUUUGUAUGAUUCUAGUGGGAACUAUUAUUUUUUAUUAGAAUUCCCCAAGGGGGUAGGGAUUGGGCUAGCGAAUUCUGAUUUAGCUCUGAUAACGAGACAAGAGAAGCGUCUCGCGUAUUUUCCGUGGAGAUAUUGGCAAACCUUCACCGAGACAUUUGAAUUUCGCGGCACGAGACGCGAUAUUGCAAAUAAUUCUUCGCGACAUCAACACCAAGUAUAUUUCUUAGCUACGGUCAAUUACUGAUUGUAUUAACUAAUUUAUUUUUUAUUCGGAAUAUUAUUCGACUGUAGGAUCAAAAUUAUCAUUAGUAUAGUCAGAACAGUUAUCGGGACACGCGUAACGCGCGAUUGAUCUAAUCAUAUCGAUUUCAUUCGAUUAUCGAUCCACCUGUCGCAAAACGGAUCAUUAGACGUAGAAAUAAAUCAUAUAGAAUAUUUAAUCGCCAGAUAUCAUCAUCGACACGGUCAUGCAGACUGUCAAAUUAGAAUCGAUGUUUCACCAUUGAUAUAUUGAUUUGAAAUAUUUUCUAUUAUUCGUCAUCGCUUUCAAGAAACGGCUCGAUGAUUAUUCGAAAUUUUCGCGUUGCUCGGAAAAAAAAGAAAAAAUUGAUUAUCAUCACAGGAUAACGUUAACACUAAAAUUUUCUUUGAUCACGUACGUUAUAAUCUGCUGACGAGUGCCCAUACCUAUUCGAUAUAUAUGACGCAACAGGUAUCAAGCAAUGAUCCUUAUAAUUUAUCAGUGACACCAUGUGUGCUUGUAUAAGGCUAUAAGAAUAAAAUACUAACAGAAUA